AUGGAGCUGGCGAUACUGAGAGGAGAUAUCUUUUCGGUAAUUGCUGUGUCCACUUCUGCUGUUAUAGACUGCAUGACGAACUGUCCAUCAAUCUACCGUGGCAACUGCUAUGGUACUGCGAAAGCAGUAUGCCCAACUGCGGCGGAGGCCAACGCGAUGGUGCAACCAGAUGGCGGAGAAUGUCAACAAACGUGGACUUGUCCUGCAGGAACAGCAGCAUACUACUACACGGGAGGUAAUCCUGUUGGACAGUUAUAUGAUGCGACGAUGCAAUAUGCUGUAUGCUAUGCUAAUCCCGAUUAUCAGUGGUACUACUACGAUGGUACCACGCCAAUCGUUGCUGUCAGCUGCGAAAGCCCGGCCUAG